AUUCCCAGCAGCACAUCUCAUCGAGAGCUUGGUGACUUCAGACCGUUUAGUCGAACAGAAAUAAGUUCCUAUAUUAAAUCGUAAACUUUGCUAAUUUUAUGCGACAUUCGUCCACACAAUUAAGUUACACAGUAUGAAGCCGUCAACCAACGUUAAAGUGCUAGCCACGUUAUUUUUGUUACAAAUGAUCUUCCUAAUGCCGUUUUCUCAGGCCUAUGUGUACAUAAUUCCCAAUGCAAAAAGCCAAGGUCAAGAAGGUAGCUGCUACGACGAAUCGCUACAAAUAAAUGUUCCUGUAAAUGAGGUUCGGCAGCGUACAGGGAAAUGCGAAUCCAUGAGCUGCAGUGAUGAUUAUUCACUUCAUGUUGCUGGAUGUGGCAGUAUUGCGGUUGGGCCUGGAAUGAUAAUAACUCCUACAGACUAUUCAAAACCGUAUCCAGAUUGUUGCCCGCACCCGGCAUUGAGUGCAGAAAAUGUGGUUUAAAAACAAAACACAGAAAGCAGAAUGCCAUACUCAAAGUGUUACGUACAGACUUAUCCCGAGUUACGCUAAUUCUUAGUUUUGACAGUUUAUACAUCAAAUUGACACAAUUUACAUCUAAAAAUUGCCAAUUUCAAUAUAAAGUGCAGUUUUGCUAAAUGUUUGAAAUCGCUGAAUACACAGAAAUAACCGAAUUUUCUACACAAGUUGUAUGAAAUAUGUAGCAAUAAACAUUACAUUGCUACAUUUAAUCAUACAUCACUUUUUAUCAUUCAUAUUUUUUAUGAAAAACGUGAGUUUCGACAUAUGCGAAAAUCCGAGUUACGCGAAUGUCCCUGGAACGCAUUAUUCGCGUAACUCGGGGAAAGACUGUUUACUGAUGAUGAUUUUGAUGAUUUUAGUUUAAAUGAUUUCAUAAUGAAAAGAAAUAUGACGUUACUAACCUGUUAGUUUUGUAUACCCGGAACAACGUAUAGCCCAGAACAAUGAUCGGCAAAGUACGGCUCGCAAGCAGCAUGCAGUUCUUUGCAUAGUCUUUGGCAUUUUUACUCUUGGUGUACUUAUUUGGCUCUUAGCGUGAAACUCAACGAACUUUUUUGUAGAAUUUAGGUCUUUUGGUCGUAAAAUUUUUCGACCGAUGGCCUUCAACAAAACAAUUCACACUGAAUAAAACAAAAUAUUUAAAAAAAAA